AUGACGUCAUCAAUCGAUAACAAUCGAUGUAAACUAUUAGUACUUGAUCUAGAUAUCAACAAAAUAACUAUUGAAGCUUUACGUACAUUUUUCUUAUCAUACGGUCCAGUUGAAUGGAUUGAAACAUUUGCCGAAUCAAAUUCAGCUAUUAUUUAUUUCGUCAGUUAUCUUAUUGUUGAUCGUCUUAUUAGUUUACGUACUUGCGUCAUUGAUCAAAAUACUGUUCGAUUACGUCGUUGUCGUUUGGAUCAAACUAAUUGGUAUAUUGAUUCGCAAACUUUACUGAUCAAAUUAACACCAUCAACUUAUUCGAAUAGUAUAUUAACCGAAUCAACUUUGCGCUAUUGUUUUCGAGAUUAUCAAUUACAUAUUAUUAAAAUUGAUAUAAUCAACGAAAAUCAAGCAUUGAUUUGUUUGUCGCAUUAUGAUUAUGUCGAUCAAGUUAUUCUUAUGCCUUCGAACACGUUUAUAUAUGAUGGUGUACCACUUGUAUUCGAACGAAUGAUGGAAAAACGAAAUCCUAAAUCUCGUUGGGAUCAAGUAGUAGUUCCAUUAACAACAAAACCAAUUUUAGCUGAUCGAGAUCCCGUUGUUUACAAGCUACUUACACAUAUUGAAUAUUUAGCGAAACAACUUCGAGGACAACCAAAUCAAGCUCGAAAUAAAAUUGAACAACUUGAAGCUGAAGUAUUUAUAUUAAAAAAUGAAAAUGCUAGACUUAAAUCAAAACAUGAAUUAUCAUCAAAUAAAAAUCUCGAACAACGUUUGAUAGCAUUAGAAGAUGUAUCAAACAAAUUUGCUAGUAAAAGAUUUACUAACAAUCGACGCGAACGAAGUCACAGUAUUGAGAAACAAUCAAAACGUCUACGACGCUUUAAAAUUGACGAUGAUAUAUGUGAUUCAUCAUAG